AUUCAGAGAAGUUCAACCCCCUUUUGCUGUUCCUCUGCUAGUCAGGGAUUAAGUUUUCAGCGAACUUGAAGGCACAGUGGGCCUCCAAAGUACGCGGUCAGCUCAAAAGAAAGAAGACAUAGUAUACAGUCAUCUGGCGAACGUUUGAUAAGUGAGCAAUCUUGAAAUCUUGAUCAGUGAAAGACACACUCUUUCUUCAGAACCAAAGACUCAUUGUUCAAUUGGUAACCGCACAGCAAUUUUCUCUGACCUUCUUGUGACUUUGCAUGACAGGCGCAACAUAGACGCCACAAAGUAUCGUAGAACGGAUCCAGUCGCAAAUUUAAUGAAAGUAUUGAGCCACAACCUUUGAAGAUGCGGUGCAAUCAGAGCAUAGCUUUUACAAUACUUUGUCAAAUCUGCUUGUGGAAUUCCAAAUCCGAGAGCAGGUCUUUAGGAGGAAACAAGGAAAAGAAUGAUACAAAUCCAGCAGAUAAUUCUGAUAUCCCUUUUAGGAAUAAAAAAACUGUGCGAAGCACUCACCCACAUUCAAACCUCACUCGUAUAAUUCUUGGCAACGUGUCUGUAGCAGAUGCUGUGGAAGUAAUGGGAGACGAUAUGCCAGUGCUUAACAAUAAGUACAUCAACGAAACCGUGGCGGGAAAGAAUAUGUCGAGUCUCUUAGAAGCAGUUUUCAAGACUUACGACAAGCGUAUCAGACCCUUUUAUGACGUUAAAACACUUGACGUCCAAAUGGACCUACUUAUUCUUUCAUUUGGAGAACUUAGUGAAACCAAUAUGGAAUUUUCCGUUGAUUUAUACAUGGCACAGUUCUGGCGUGAUCCUCGUUUAGGAUUUGGUCUCAACAAAACAAUUAUCCUGAGUGGAGAGGCAACAGACAAACUCUGGGUCCCAGACACCUUUAUUGUAAAUUCAAUCGACACAAAAAUCCAUCAAUUGAUAGCAAUCAACAAGAAAGCCUGGGUUCAUCUGGGAAAUGGAACUAUCAUGUUGGUGUUGAGAUACACUGCUCGAAGCUCUUGUAAAGUGGACCUCAGGGAUUAUCCUUUAGAUGAACAGAUCUGUCACCUAUGUUUUGAGAGCUCUGUGGUGUCUUCGUCUUUUGAUUGCCUCCUAGUUUCAUUUGAAAGCAAGGACUUGAAUUUAACAUGGAAGCAAAAAGUGGGAACCGACAUUUACAUUUACGACAAGGAAAUGGCCCAGUUUGAUAUUUUGUCGGCAAAAAGACGUGGAAAACAUCAGAUCUACCAUUCUGAGGGAUUUUCAGGUCUCACGACGACUAUAAAAUUCAGGCGUCGAACGAUGUACUAUAUCUUCCAAAUGUACAUACCUUGUAUCUGCGUUGUGAUUUUAUCAUGGGUCAGCUUCUGGAUUGACGAGACGGAUGGGUCUGACCGUGUAGGAUUGGGGAUAGCCACGGUUCUGACCAUCAGUUUCAUGAGAGGCUCAAUGAAUGAUAACGUACCGCGUGUAUCAUAUCUUAAGUCCGUGGAUUACUUUUUGUUGGGUUCAUUAAUGUUUGUGUUUAUGACCCUAAUCGAGUACGUGCUGGUUUUGAAACAGACAAGAAAGGAAAAGAAAAGGAAAAACGAGAAAAAUAAAGAAACAUUGGCACGUGACCGGAAGCGGGAGGCAGAGCUUCUGCUUUCAGAGUCGGAGGAUGAAAAGGUUUCUGUGUCAGUAUCCAUCGGUAGCAAAACAUAUGACUUUCAACAUGGUAAACCAAGAACAGACGGUAUCCCCGUGAGCUUUAAUGUUAAUAAUCACACUAAGCCAGGGCGUACUGUGAGAAUCGUGGAACCCACGCCUAGUUUGACCAAUAAUCCUAAACGACAGCCAAACCGGGAUCAACUGAAGAAGCUUCACAGACGACCCUCUAUGAUUCAAAUGAUUAGAAAGACAAUUGAAGAUGGCGAAGAAGAGAUCUGUUAUCUGGAUAAGUAUUCCAGGAUAGUUUUUCCUCUAUCCUACACGAUCUUCCUCGGGAUUUACUUUGGCAUUUACACAGUGCGCUGGGAGAAUAUAGUUCCGUGAUAAUUUGUCAAAGAGUCACAUAAAUAUGACAUUGGCAAAACAGAUUGGGCUAUCUCGACUGUAAAUAUUAAACGUCUGGAAAUCGAGUUCUGAUGACUUAAAUUUGUGGCCAAAACUAAAGAACGAAUGAUAGAGUUGCUGCGCGCUUUAAGCUAAAAUACAUUGCUAAAUUUCGUUAAAAAAAAUCAUACUUUAUCUCUCUGCGACAGAUAAACAACUAACGCCCAGAGUUUAUUAGCUUUUUAAAAGUUUACCCGAUCUAACAUCUGGAUGGUUCUGCAAGUUAUGGUGCGUAAAGAUGCCUUUACUUCAGAGGGUGAGGGGGUAGGGCGGGUUACCAAGCGUUUUGUUGAAAUUUAGGAGUAUAUCAGGAUAUUUUGCCAUUAAUCGAAGUCAUUACCCCUUCUUAGCAAAGAUGUACUCAAGAAAACCCUCUAGCCACGCUCUUGAAUUGCGUAUCACUUUGUUAAAAGGGAGUUCAAUUUGAGACCAUUCAAAUAAUCUCGCUAAACGUUUUGUUAAGUAAUCUAUUAAAAUAACCAUAUUUUAUCAAAGGAGGGGCUGGUUAAAAUCCGAGAGUAUUCUCGUGUUUUAUUUUCUCUAUAACGCUGCUAGAGUUCCUGUAUCAUUCACAUAUGUUUUUGUCUUGUUUUGUUGUUUGUUUUCGAUAUAUGCUAGUUUAAAGAUCUCUCAAUAUUGUUUUAAACAGUCAGAUUGUGUUGCAUGCGUGAACAGUCCUGUUAUCAACGAUCCUUUGAAUGCAAAGAGCCGGAGUGCUAUAUCCUUUCUCGAAUAUUGUAGAGUUAACAAAUAGGGGAAAUAGAUCUGAUAUUUUAGUGCUACUUAUAUUCCUCAUUAAAAACUACAGAGAAGUUAGAAAUAAACUUAAAUCAAACCAGUUCAAAAUAAACGCCUUCAUUUUUCCUUAGCGGAAACCUUCCAAAAUGAAAUGCCGGCUGCACAAAUUAGCGUACAGAUGCAGAACUUCACAACUCGUCUUUCAGGCCUGCGGGCCUUUUACUCAUGGGGCUAAUUAUUAUUUAUCGCCUAAGUGGAGGGGGAGGGGGUGGUUGGCGGAUUUUGGUUGCGCAACAGUAAAAUUUGCCUGAUGCCUAUAAUAUUGUUAUGACCCUC